AUGUCUGGAAAGAAAUUAGUGCCUAUCAUGAUGAAGUGUACAGUCCAUCCCAAAGUGUAUCUGCUGCAAAAGAACUCCUCUCCAGUGGUGUGCAUUGCAACAGGUUUCUACCCAGCAAUAGUGAAUAUUACCUGGAGGAAAAAUGGACAGGAGCACCAUGAAAAUAUGGAGACAAGAGAAACUUUAAAAAAUAUGGAUGAAACCUUCCAGAAGCGCAUUAGUCUCAGAGUGAAGAAAGAAGAGUGGAAGAGGAACUGUUACACCUGUGUGGUGCAACACAAGAGUUUGAAAAAAGACAUUCAGAAGAUUCAAACAGAGGAUGAGAUCAUUAGCAACCACAUGUGA